UCGAUCGGACGUACAGAAUUUCGCGAGUUCUAGUCAAACUGCUAUUGUUUCACGAUGGGUCAACGUAAUUCCAAGUCGAAAAACAGCAACGAGGUAGCUGAAACCGACACGAAAAAUCAGAGAAAGACCUCCAUAAAAAGUUCGCGGUCCACUAAUGCGAAAAUUGAGGGGUCACCCACUCAAAAUGACCCACCAAAACCGACCCCUGCAAUUGAGGAGGGCAAUAUGGGGCCAGAGUGGUUGAAUGAAGCGCAAUUUGAGGAAUUACUCGCCACGAAUAUCGCUCAGUUCUCCAAGAUAGUGAACUUCCGGGUGAAACCAGCCAUGCAGCCCGGUGAAAAUUAUGCCACUUUAAUGCUGAGGAUCAGCAUAGAUGUGGAACUCACUGAUAAAAGCACCAAACUGGUCUCCUUUAUGAUGAAGGUUCCCCACAGGACUCCCCAAAUGGAGCAAAUGCUGGCCAUGGCCAACUUCUUUAAUACGGAGAAUGCAGUCUAUUCGGAUAUAGUGCCUAAAUUUGAGGAGCUUUACAAGGCCAAGGGCUUGGACAUUACCUUUGCACCCAAAGCGUUCAAACUAGACCCCAAAAUGGAACCAAAUUUGGCUAACACAGUGCUUAUGAGUGAUAUGGGACAGGAUGGUUUCAAGAACUUAAAUCGUCUCGAGUGCCUCAACUUGGAACAGACCAAGUUUGCCCUCACAAAACUUGCACAAUUCCAUGCGGCAUCUGCGAUGAAUGUGCAGGUUAAUGGACCCUAUGCAGAUAGAUUUAUGAACGGACUUUUCGGAGGGGAUAAGGAGUUCCUAUUAAAGAUCUAUGAAGGAAUGAUAACCCCUUUCCAAAAUGCUUUCCUGGCCAAUCUGAAGAGCCUCAAGAACGGAGAAGACUUUCGUGAAAAAUUGGUUAAAGCAUUCGCCCAGCUCUUCUCAGACUUUGAUUAUCUAAUGAAGAUCGAUCCCGAUGAGUUCAAUGUACUAAACCACGGAGAUUGUUGGAUGAACAACAUGCUGUUUAAAGUGAACGCUAAAGGAGAAUUGGAAGACAUGGUGUUUGUGGACUUCCAAAACCCCAAAUAUGGUACUCCAACUCAGGACUUGUUCUACUUGCUUAUGACAUCGGUCCACAUCGACUACAAGCUGGAUUACUUUGACUUUUUCAUCAGGCAUUACCACGAGCAGUUGACCAAGCACCUUAACUUGCUGGGUUUCACUGGUAAGCAGCCUUCUCUGAGGGAACUUCACAUCCAGCUGUUCAAAAAGGGAAGUGGGUCUCUGGCUCCCGCGAUUACUGUGCUGCCAGUUGUGCUUUUGGAUCCUAAUAAUUUGGCCACCUUCGACAAUUUCCUGGGAGACACCGAAUCCGGUGCGCAGUUCAAAAACCUUCUCUACAGCAACAAACGCUACCAUGGCUACAUCGAAAAGAUUCUACCCUGGCUGGAAAACAGGGGUUUCUUGGAAUCCUACAAUGAGUCCAAACCAUCUGAAUCAACUUCAGAAAAGAAGUCCGAAAUAUCCAACCAGAUAUUAGAUUGGCUUAAUGUCAGUGAUUUUGAAGAAAUAAUAUCCCCCUCUGAACCCGAGUUUGGUAAAAUUCUAAGUGGUUCCUGGACUUCAGCAACCAAACCCGGUGACAACUUUGCUUCCAAACUCCUUAAAAUUGAUAUACAGACGCAGUUAAAAGAUAAAAGUGAGAAGACAUUUUCCUACAUACUUAAAGUGCAACCGACCACAACCAAAGAUAACUUCACUGAUAUAAACAUGUUUCCCAAGGAAAUGGAAAUGUACCGAAAAUAUGUGCCCGCUUUUGAAAAACUCUACAAAGAUGCAGGCUGUACAAUUACUUUCAGUGCAAAGUCCUAUGUUUUUAACAAACCUGUCAAGGAAGAAUAUCUUUUAAUGGAGAACCUUCAGAGUAGUGGUUUUAAGAUGGCCGAUCGCAUGAAGGGAUUGAACAUGGAGCACACAAAGAGCGCACUAAAGAAACUUGCCCAAUGGCAUGCGGCUUCCAUUAAAUAUAAGGAGCUCAAUGGACCUUAUUCCACACUGUACAACGAUGGAAUUUAUAUUGAACAAACUAGGGAAAUGUACACCACUAUGUUUUCCACCGCAAAGCAUUCCUAUAUUGAUAUAUUCAGAAAGUUUGAGGGCGCCGAGGAAUUUCUGCCUAAACUGCCCUGGAUUAUAGACAAUCACGUAGAUCAGAUCUUGGAAGAUGCCAAAAUCAAUGAGAAAGAGUUCAAUGUGCUUAAUCACGGCGAUGCCUGGAUAAACAACAUUAUGUUCCAAUACGACUCAAAAGGAAAUGUGAAGGAAACCUUCUUGCUGGAUCACCAAAAUGCUAAGUAUGGCAAUCCAGCUCAAGAUCUUUACUACUUCCUGAUGAGCUCUGCAGAAUUGGAUAUCAAGGUCGAUCAGUUUGAUUACCUAAUAAGAUGGUAUCACGAGAACUUAGUGGAGCAUACAAGCUUGUUGAAAUACAACGGAUUUGUUCCUUGUCUCAAAGAACUCCACUCUAUUUUAAUAGAUCAUCCAGCUUUCGCUGCUGGCACAGUCAUUAGUACCUUAACAGUUUGCCUUCUUAACGCCGACGAAGGUUUUAAUCCCGAAGCAUUUUUCGUGGAAACACCAGAAUCAGAGGCCUUUAGAUUGAAGCUUCUAGGCAAUGAGCGUUACAAGGCACAUAUUGAACGGAUUAUGCCUUGGCUCAACAGGAGGGGUCUACUUGACCCCUAAAAGUACUUCCCAAAUGUGAUAAAUCUUGUUUAGAAACCAAAUAAACUACUUUAUGAGAAAUUGAAGAGGCAAAGUCUUCAAUUGUUUGUACAAUUACACUGACAAAA